AUGGAGCACAAAGAAAAGAAGAAGCCAAUAAGCAAAAGAAGAAAGACACAAUCGAUAUCAACUUCCUCCUUUCCUCUCGAUCUAACCAGAGAUAUACUCUCAAGGCUGCCUGAAAAAUCUACUGCAAGGUUUCGUUGCGUUUCAAAGCUUUGGUCAUCAAUCAUCACCGAUCCGAAUUUCAUCACCUUGUUAGAAACUCGGCGCCCACGGCCGACUCUUCUACUCUGCCUAAAAAAAGAUGACGAGUUGUUUGCCUUCUCAGUUCCGCAACAUACUCAGAAUUCCAACACGACUUACUCUUCUUCUCUGCCUAUUGAUAUUUACCAUACGAAACUCCCUGGAGAAUAUAGUUACUUGUCCCCUACGGAAUCUGUCCAUGGUUUGAUAUGCUUUCAAGAAUCACAAAACCCAAUAUUUAUGAUAUGGAACCCUAGCAUGAGAAGUAUUGUGACCUUACUCAAUGCCAAUACCCAUAAGAGCUGGAAAAAAGUAGCAGUGUUUUUAGGUUACGAUCCCAUCGAAGGCAAACACAAGGUUAUGUGCAUUCGCUAUAAAAAAACUAACUACGUAUGCCGAGUUUUAACGUUGGGAUCGGCUCAAGAAUCAUGGAGAACGGUCAGGACAAAUCAUAAGCAUAGUGCUGGCUAUCAAACUUACGGGCGAUGCAUCAAUGGGGUAAUAUAUUAUCUAGCUGAUCAUGAAAACACGUUUGAGUUUGUUUUGAUGAGCUUUGAUGUAAGAUCUGAAAAGUUUGGUAUGAUAAAACUACGAUCGGAUAUGCAUGUAUCGGAUAUUCGUGAGGAUGUGCUGAUAACUUAUGAGGGGAGUAUAGCUUGUGCUGAUGAAGACAAUCAUAAAAGAUUGUGGAUUUUGGAGGAUGCAGAGAAACACAACUGGUCGAGUCAAGACUUUCUUGUGCCUUUACGUCACCGUGAUAAGAGUUUGAAAGCCAAAUUCAAUCUAUUAGGUUUCACUCAUGCUGGUGAGUUUGUUUACGUACCAACCAAGUUUCGUGAAUCUAGAUAUAUUUUAUUUUGUGAUCCGGUGAGAAACAGCUGUAGAAGGUUCGAGUUUAAAGGAGUCAAACACGAUGGAGUUGGAAAAACACAUCUGUAUGGUUUCCCGAAUCACAUUGAGAGUCAAAUGUCUUUGUAA